UCUUUGGUUGGCUGACGGAGGUCGGCUACUUGUCAAUUUGUUCAGUAAAUUUUCUAUAAACGUAAGGAUGAGUGUGCCAGCUCAUCUGUUAAUGCGGCAUCUGUGAUUACGGUGGUUUUUGACGUUCGACAAAUAGGGACGCACAGUGAGACGUAAUAAAUAAAGUUUUCACUGACAUGAUAGACUGAAUAUCACAUCGUGAAAGGCUGAGAACCUAGGCAACAAAAUAAGACAUAUUUAUUGAAAAUGAUGGUAAAUACGGCUGUCGGAGGUGGCCAGGAUAACGUCGCCAAGUUCCUCGAGUCCCUUCAGGCCGAUCUGAAAGUUUUAUCUUCCGAAACUAAGAAAAAAUACCCACAAAUAAAAGAGUCAUGCGAAGAGGGAAUAUCCAAACUGAGGACAGCUGCAAACAGUCCUGGAACACCGAUAUACUACAUCGUCAAUCAGAUUUUAUAUCCCCUCGUACAAGGAUGCGAGAGCAGAGAUAUCAAAAUUAUAAAGUUCUGUUUGGGGAUCAUGCAAAAACUGAUUACACAACAAGCAAUAGACACAAAAGGUGCUCGCUAUAUAACAGACGCUUUAUGGAUGUUGAUGGAAUCUGGUACAGAAGAAGUGAAAAUUCUGCAAAGUGUCACACUACUUCUCACCAGCAAUACAGUAGUCCAUGGCGAGACGUUAGCUAGGAAUUUGGUGCUCUGCUUCCGGCUUCAUUUCACCAAAGAUUCAACGACUAUUAACACGGCCGGUGCAACCGUGAGACAGUUAGUAUCGCUUGUAUUCGAACGCGUUGUGGUUGAAGAUGAGGAGUUUGCAGGGCGCACGGAACCGGAUGAUGUUAAUCUAGAAGAACUGAAAAUACCCACCAAUCAGGCACCGAAAGGUCUCAGGCCAUGUGCAGCUGAUGCGUACCUCAUGUUCCAGGACCUAGUGCAGCUAGUGAACGCCGAUCAACCUUACUGGUUGAUAGGAAUCACAGAAAUGACGAGAACUUUCGGACUUGAACUCCUAGAGUCCGUGCUAACAAAUUUUUCUUCAGUAUUUUUCAAGCAUCCAGAGUUCAGUUUUCUAUUGAAAGAACGAGUAUGUGCCUUGGUGAUAAAAUUGUUCUCUCCUAAUAUCAAAUACCGAAACUCUGUUCCUGCCUCCAUGCAACAAGCUACUCCACUCGACAAACCGUAUUUCCCGAUAAGCAUGAGACUUCUUCGGGUUGUCUCAGUAUUAGUACAAAAAUACCAUUCUCUUCUGGUAACGGAAUGCGAGAUAUUCUUAUCUUUAAUCGUAAAAUUUUUGGAUCCUGAUAAACCGGCGUGGCAACGAGCCUUGGCUUUAGAAGUUUUACAUAAAAUGACCGUGCAAGCCGAUCUGCUGACAAGCUUCUGCGAAUGUUAUGAUCUAAAGCCUCAUGCGACAAACAUAUUCCAAGACAUAGUUAACAGUCUCGGAGCUUACGUACAAAGUUUAUUCGUCAAUCCUCAAAUGAUGGGGCAAACCGGAGGAGGUACCGGAGUACCAGUGGCACAGGGGCAGCCUCCGGCAUUGUUAGCCGGCAUGCCAGUUGGUCCUGGAAUAUCCCCUCAGCCCGGUUUUUAUUCGCGUGGAAUAUGGUUACCUGUCGUCGCCACGUUCAGCAGUGGUCAGGCAAAAUCGACUUAUCUGGAAAUGUUGGACAAAAUUGAGCCACCGCAAAUACCCGAUGGCUAUGGCAUAAGCAUUGCUUACGCCUGUCUGUUGGAUAUCAUUCGUUCGGUAGCAUUGGCAAUCGAAGGUGUUCACGAAGAGGGAACGGAACAAAAUCAGUAUAAACCAACAGAAGUCGAGCAAAAAUUGCACACCCAAUUGAUUAACUCGAGCUGGUGUGGCCUGUUGGCAGCUUUGAGCCCGCUGGUCGAUGCCAGCACCGAUGAAUCAGCUUCGGAGAACGUUCUGAAAGCCAUACAAACAUUCGCAUCGCUCUGCGGGUCCCUCGAUCUCCACAUUCCAAGGGAUGCUUUUAUAACGGCCAUCUGCAAGGCCUCGUUACCACCCCAUUAUGCUUUAACGGUGCUUUACAGUGCUCCCCAUGGCAUACCGAGCGCCAGACCUCAGGAACCUGUACAAUAUAAUCCCGCUAAUAUCAGCGAGCCUGAUUACAGGCAGCAAGUUGUAGCUGUGGGCACUCCGCUGCCCACAGCGUCUCUGCCCAUCGGUGCACAGCAAGGGCCUGUGAUGUUGACGGCUAAAAAUCUGCAGUGCAUGCGUGCGCUGCUUUCGCUGGCUCACUGUCACGGCAGUAUUUUAGGCAGUGCUUGGCAUCUGGUGUUAACGACGUUGCAGCAUCUCGUGUGGAUAUUGGGCCUCAAGCCCUCGACAGGAGGGUCCUUGAAAGCGGGUAGAACGACCGCGGAUUCAAAUGCAGUUAUAACUACCGCGGUGAUGGCCGAUUUGCCCGUCCUGAGCGCCAUGCUCAGCAGACUUUUUGAGAGCAGCCAGUACCUCGACGACGUCGCAUUGCACCACCUGAUCGACGCACUGUGCAAAUUGAGCCACGAGGCCAUGGAGUUGGCUUAUUCGAACAGGGAACCGUCGUUGUUCGCCGUAGCCAAACUCCUGGAAACCGGUCUUGUUAAUCUACCGCGUGUCGAGGUUCUCUGGAGACCGUUGACCAACCACCUCUUGGAGGUCUGUCAGCACCCCCACAUUAGAAUGCGGGAAUGGGGAGUCGAAGCCAUUACUUACCUCGUCAAAGCUGCUCUCCAGCACAAAUACCCUCAGCCCCUCAGGGACAACCAGAAACUUCAAACCUUAUUACUCGGCCCAUUGUCGGAAUUGUCGUCUGUGCGUCACGGAGAUGUGCGCCAGCGCCAAUUGGAAUGUGUUCUGCAAGUGUUGCACGGAGCAGGUGAAACGUUGUCUCACGGGUGGCCUUUGGUGCUCGGUAUUAUAGGAGCUGUGUCUAAUCAUCACGGCGAAGCUUUGGUUCGGAUAGCCUUUCAAUGCCUUCAGUUGGUGGUGACAGACUUUUUGCCUGUAAUGCCAUGGCGAUGUCUUCCACUCUGCGUAGACACGGCAGCUAAAUUCGGUUCGCAAACUCAAGAGCUGAAUAUUUCUCUCACGGCAGUCGGACUGAUGUGGAACAUAAGCGACUAUUUCUACCAAAAUCAAGAAAAACUUUGUACCUCAUUACAAGGAGACGCGACCUCCGUGUUUCCCGAUUUUCCCGGUACAACUAACAUGCCACCGUUCGACAAGCUUUGGAUGUGUCUCUACGCACGAUUAGGUGAUCUGUGCGUCGACUCGCGUCCGGCCGUUCGCAAAUCCGCGAGUCAAACGUUAUUCUCCACAAUAUCCGCGCACGGAGGGCUCCUCCACCAACCAACCUGGCAAGCCGUGCUCUGGCAGGUGUUGUUUCCCCUGUUGGACAAAGUGAGGAGUUUAUCCAGUUCGGCUAGCAGCGAAAAAGUCGACACCAGCGGCAACAUUCUAAUACACCACAGCAGGAAUACCGCACAAAAGCAGUGGGCCGAAACGCAGGUUCUAACGCUGAGCGGAGUCGCGCGUGUGUUCAACACGAAAAGACAACUCUUACAAUUGUUGGGCGAUUUUCCGAGGGCCUGGUCCCUGCUUUUAGAAUUCAUCGAGAACUCGGCCCUGAGUAAGAACAACGAAGUAUCUCUGGCAGCUUUGAAAUCUUUCCAAGAAAUACUCUACCUCCAAAAAGGCGGAGACAACGAAGAAGCCGGUCGUUCCAACGAUUCCGAAGCGCUGUGGUUGGUCGCGUGGCGGGUGUGGCUGGGAAUCGGAAUGGAGAGUACUUGCCCCCCACGGGAAGGCGAUACGGAGCCCUACGUUCCCUCGCAGGCAUUCCUGACCGCUCUCGUUCACAUUUUUCCAGCAGUAUUUCAACAUAUUCGUAACAAGUUCACCGGUACCGACCUCCAAAAACUGUGCAUCGUUCUCAAAAAUACAGUCGCGGUUCCGGUACACGGGGAAUCUACACCGUACAUCCUACCGACACUGCCGGACGUUGUCUUGACGCAAUUACAAGACGGCGUUCUCCAUUCCAUGGAACUUCUGCAAAAGGAAGCGCUCAACGGACCGGACAAUCUCAGGACGAUGAUUUGUUCGAUAUUUCUGCAGCUGCUGAAUUUCUCAGAACUAGCAUGCAGGGCGCCGACCUAUGGAAAAAUACCGACCAAACACAUAUCUCAAGUGAGAGGUGUCUCGGCCGACUGGGUAACAAUGAACUACGUACCUUUCGGAGAGAAAGCCUUGUCGAUGGUCGUCAGUCUCUAUCAAAAAACAGCUCACGAACCUGCGGUUAUCGAAGGACAAGUAUUGAAGCACAUCGUCGAAGCUCUGCACGUUCCGCUGUCCAUGAAGUACAGCUGUCCCUCCCCUACGACGUGGAAACUCGCGGUCACAAGCCUGUUAGCUGUGCUUCACACCGGCUUACCUCUCGCCAGGACCUAUCCCGAGGAAUUUUCGAGCAUGUGGACCGAACUGGCGGACACUCUGGACGAUUUCCUGUUCCCGAAAAGCGUGAUAACCAGCGAACGCGGUGCCGAAGAAGUGCAGGCCGACGAGGCGGUCGAUUGUCAAGUAAUGGAAUUACUCAGGGACGAAGUUUUACCCCAUUCUCAACACGUCCCUCACCAGUUCAUUCUCAGGGUCGUGAUGCUGCUCAACAAAGGUUCCAUCCACUCCGCGACGACGGCUAAUAUCGAUAACAGCAACGAGACUAAACUGAGAGAGGAAUUCGCCAAGACUUGUUUCGAGACGCUUCUUCAGUUCUCCUUACUCGACGGGCUGAACAAUGAGAUACAAACCGCCAGCAAGGAGGGUACGGAAACCAACGAAGGAGGGGUAGCCGGGCGGUUGGCCGUCACCGCUCUUUUACACAGGUUCCAAGAGGUGCUGCGACGUUACAUCGAGGACGAGAGACGCAGCGGUAAAUGCCCUCUGCCAAGAUACAGAUUGUCGGAAAUAUCAUUCGUAUUGAAAGCGGUAGCUACCCUGGUGGUGUCCUUGAAAAAGGCUCCCCCUAACAAGGUCGAUCGAUCGGUCUGGGAGCAACUGAUAGGCUUGUAUCCCUAUCUGGUCGAAUGUACCGUGGCCACGGCUUCGGGCCAGGUUUCACGUUCCCUGCGAGAAGCUCUGCUCCAGUACCACGAUCUGCUGCGAUCACCCACCAGUAAUUUACCAACGACAAACGGCGUUUGACCGGCAAACUCCUUUGGGAAUAACGAUCGUCGGGAUACCUAUUCGUAUUUGUACACGGAGUGAGUAUAAAUUCUUUACUUGAAUAUCGCCUAUCAACGAACAUUCCUAAAAGUGCGAAUUAGAAUACGAUGUUGAUUUUUAUCACACGGUUUGUUAAGGGGUAAAACAAAUAUAUGUAUAUAUAUAUACUACACAGACUGGACAACGUGACAUUGCGCACCCCAUUUGCACAUGCGCGAUCGUCGGCAUUUGUUUCACAGCUGUCAAAUACAAGGACCUAACCUGAACUUUUCGACGAGUGUAUUUCUGUCUACAUUUAAUUAAUCUCUCAUUCAAUUGAUCAAUUUUAUUCCAUGCUAUGCCACCCUACUUAUCUGUGUCUGGUUUUGUGUCGCAUUAUUCACCCGACACACCAUACCUCAGUCACAUUUAAAUACGGCGAUCUCAGCUGCAUUGGCGAUCGACAAUUUGACAGCUGAAGCUGAAAUCUGAGGCUGUUGGUACAACACGCUAGCAGCUGACAAAUUCGACCGUCGUUUUGAUUCGCGCUUGCGCACAAAAAUUGGGUGCGCAAUUUCACCUUGUCCGCUCUGUAUAUAUAUAUAUAUCUGUAUUCGCAAUUUUCAUACAUGUUUAUACAUAUUACCGCAGACACAGUACCAUUUUUAUAGAACUUUAGCGGUCCCGUCUAUAUAAGGCUUUAUGAUAACGAAAGACGAUAGGUUUUUCCGGUCGUUGACACGACGAACAAGUUCGAUGAAUAAUUUUCAGUGAUUAUCGUGAAUAUUAUUUUAAAUAUGAUGUAAUAUUACGUGACAGUUGUUGAAACGGCAACAAAAAAAAUCCCACAACCCGUUCGUCGAUAUUUUAAUAGACAUUGUUACACCCCAUCCCAGUUUUAUACUAUAUGUAUACUCAGUCAUAGGCUAUAAUCAAAACCGGUAUAUCGAAUGAAUAGUUGAAAUGGUAUCGAACCGCUGAUUAAACGAUGUUUUGGAAAAGAGAAAAACACAAAAAAGAAAUGAAAAAAAACUAUUCCGUAGUCUGUCGCAAAACUAAGUAGGUAAUAAUUUUCGAAUUGAUCAAACGUCGAGUCGCUUUAUUGAAUGUGAAGAAUUUAUACUAUUUUUAGACGACCGAAAGGAGUUUAAUUUUUUUCUUUCUUCACCUACCUCGAUUCAUUAUUGAUUUCCUUUUUCUAUUCUCGUCGGUAACAAGUAAUUUUAUUUUAUUCUUUUCCUCAAAAGAUCACAGAUAGUAACCGUACGUAUGGAAACCUUUGUAGAUAAAAAUAAAGAAAGUGUGAAGAAAACAGAACUAAAGGAAUAAAUCAAAUAGCUAGUAAUUUUAAUCGUGAUUAUAAAAAAUUAUAAACCACAGAAGCAACCGCUGUAACAAUAAUAGCAACGGCAACAACGGUAAAACGGCGCUUCAUUACCGGGUUACAAAAUUUUCCAGAGCAUAAAUAGCCGGCAAAAGCAGAGACAGUGCAAUAAUGGAAAAUAUAUAUCAAAAAUUAAUUAUGUAUAAGGUACAUUACUGUAAAUAAACUACAGUGUUUACUAUCAAACGAAAAUAAGCGGAAAAAAAACAACAACAACAACAACAACAACAACAACAACAACAGAGAAACGACAAAA